GCGACAGUUCGACAACUUGAUGAUGAAGGAAACCGACAACAUCAAAGACUUCCAUUAGCGUGUGGCGGAGACAGUCAACCAGAUCAAAGCUACUGGUGACGUCAUGGAAGAAAGGAAGGUCGUGGAGAGAAUUCUCUGAAGCUUAUCAUCGAAGUUCGAACACAUUUUUGCCGUGAUAGAAGAAACCAAAGAUUUGGCAAAUCUACCAAUGAGCGAGUUGAUGGGCUCACUUGUAGCACACGAGCAAAGAAUGAGUCGCUUCACCAAACCGCCAUUGGAGCAAGCCUUCUCAUCAAAAGUCAGCAUGACGGAAAGUAAAUAUUCCAAAUCGGAGCAAGGCCAGAGAGGGGGGAACUCACAAGGAAGAGGAAGAGGAAGAUCCAAUUACAGAGGAAACAACCGACACAAUUAUCAACAACAAAAAGCAGGCUACACUGGCUCGAGUUGCAUAAUUUGCAAAAAGGCGGGUCAUGCAACAAAAGACUGCAGAUUCAAGUGUACCAAGUGCAAAAUUCAAAACCACUCCAAGAGAGAUUGCUGGUUCCAGAACAAGCAAGAAGAAGGCGAGUCAAGCGGCACCAAAAAUGAAGAAAGCAAUAUGGUGGCCUUAUCAUGCUUGAAUGGUGAGCAAAAGUCACAGCUUCCCUGGAUGGUGGAUAGUGGUUGCAGUAACAACAUGACUGGAGAUCUGGAGUCCUUCACCGAUAUCGAUGACCAAUACUGCUCUCAAGUCAAAUUGGGAGACGGAAAGAAGCUAAAAGUGGAAGGAAAAGGCACAGUUGUUGUAUGCACAGAAGAAGGCAACAAAACUCUCAUUCGAGAUGUUUUGUAUGUUCCGGAGCUAACUCUCAAUCUACUUAGCAUGGGACAACUGAUGCUGAAAAAUUACAAGCUAUUGUUUGAUAAUGGCGUGUGCGAUAUUAUCAACAAAGCUGACAAUUUCAUGGUGGUCAAAGUCCUGAUGACUUCCAACAGAAUUUUCUCUCUUGCUAUGUCACAAAAUGGUGAAGUAGCAUUCAAGAGUGAAAAUCGCGAUCAGUCCUUCCAAUGGCAUCUCGGAUACGGUCAUCCCAACUUCAAAGGCCUCAAAUUGUUGAAGCAGAAUAAUGACUAAAGCUCUUAACGCGGGAGAUGAGGCAUCAAGGUCUAACUUAGCUUUGUUAUCCCUUCUAUGCCUCUGUUUCCUCUUUGCCUUCUCUCGUUCCCUUUCAAAUCCUUACUUAGUCUUUGACGGCAAAGCCACCUUGUCAUUUUCUCACAACCAACAACAUUACCACAAAGCAGAGGUGACAGCAGAAAGCGGCCGGUGGUGUCGUUGGCAAGCAGCAGCAAGUUCAAUUUCACCCCAUUCCUCAAAAGGCAUCACCACCGCUACUGGCAACACCACCAUUAUGACUUUCAAGAGACAGAUUCAGAUGCAUAAGGAGCUCGAAUCUAACACUACAAUUCCUAAAAUUGUAUACUACAUGCAGCCACUGGCACUACAAUCUCUAAGAAAGUCGAAUUUAUAAU